GCCACUCUAUGGGGUGGGUGGAGGCGGUGCGGGCUGAGUAGCUCGCGGCCCGUUAGCAGCCGCCUCAGCCCCUGCCGGCGAGGAAGCGCGAGCGGCAGCGGCUCACCCUCCGCGCGGCCCGGACCCAGGAGUAGAAGCAUAAAGAAGUUUAUUUUAUGAAGGCUAAUGAGUGACUCGAGAGAAAGUUCGAAGCGGUGUAACUGCUGGACUGGUUUUACAGAGCUUUUGAAAUGAGAGAGCUACAUCUCUCAUUCCUGUUGGUCAAGUGACGCUAAUGGUGGAAUAAACUGACUUCAGUACAACUGAUCAAUCCAAAUCGCAAGUACAAUAUAAACAAGUGUGAUGUUGAAAUGAGAUGAGGCUCCGAAAUGGAACUGUGGCCACCGUAUUAUUUUUCAUCACUUCUUUUCUCAGUUUGUCCUGGUACACUGCAUGGCAAAAUGGUAAAGAAAAGUUGAUUGCUUAUCAGCGGGAAUUUCAUGCUUUGAAGGAACGUCUUCGUAUUGCUGAGCGUAGAACCCUGCAGCGUUCCACUGAGCUAAAUGCCAUCUUGGAGCAAUUCAGACGUGCAGUAGCAGAAACAAAUGGAAGUAAGGAUGCAUUAAACAAUUUUUCAGAUGAAACGCUGAAAUUGUUAAAAGAGCUAACAAGCAGAAAAUCUCUUCAAGUGCCAAAUAUCUAUUACCAUUUGCCUCAUUUGUUGAAGAAUGAAGGAAGCCUUCAACCUUCUGUGCAGAUUGGCCUGGGACGAACAGGCGUUUCAAUUGUAAUGGGAAUUCCCACCGUGAAGAGAAAAGUAAAGUCUUAUCUUACAGAAACCCUUCACUCUCUUAUUGAUAAAUUGUCUCCAGAAGAGAAACUGGAUUGUGUUAUGGUUGUCUUCAUAGGAGAGACAGAUCUUGACUAUGUACACAGCGUUGUAGCAAGCCUGGAGAAAGAAUUUUCUACAGAAAUCAGUUCUGGCUUGGUGGAAAUAAUAUCCCCACCUGCGACUUACUAUCCUGACUUGACAAAUUUAAAAGAGACAUUUGGAGACUCAAAAGAAAGAGUCAGAUGGCGAACAAAGCAAAACUUGGACUAUUGUUUUCUUAUGAUGUAUGCCCAGAAAAAGGGCAUUUAUUAUAUUCAGCUUGAAGAUGACAUUGUUGUCAAGCAGAAUUAUUUCAGCACGAUAAAAAAUUUUGCACUUCAACUUUCUUCUGAAGAUUGGAUGAUUCUAGAAUUUUCUCAGCUGGGUUUCAUUGGUAAAAUGUUCCAAUCUCCAGAUAUCACUCUUAUUGUAGAGUUCAUAUUUAUGUUUUAUAAGGAGAAACCUAUUGAUUGGCUCUUAGAUCAUAUACUCUGGGUGAAAGUCUGCAACCCUGAAAAAGAUGCAAAACAUUGUGACAGACAGAAAUCUAAUCUACGAAUACGCUUCAGGCCUUCCCUUUUCCAACAUGUUGGACUGCACUCCUCCCUAGCAGGAAAGAUCCAGAAACUCACGGAUAAAGACUUCCUGAAACCAUUAUUACAUAAAAUUCAUGUGAAUCCACCCGCGGAAGUUUCUACAUCUUUAAAAGUCUACCAAGGACAUACACUGGAAAAAACCUAUAUGGGAGAGGAUUUUUUCUGGGCUGUUACACCAAUUGCGGGGGAUUAUAUCCUAUUUAAAUUUGACAAACCAGUCAACGUAGAAAGAUACUUGUUUCAUAGUGGCAAUCCAGAGCAUCCAGGAGAUAUUCUACUAAAUACUACAGUAGAGGUUCUGCCUUUUAAGAAUGAAGACUUGAUAUUAAGCAAAGAAACCAAAGACAAACGCUUGGAGGACGGUUAUUUCAGAAUAGGUAAAUUUGAAAGUGGUAUAGCAGAAGGGACAAUUGACCCAAGUCUAAACCCUAUUUCAUCAUUUCGGCUUUCGGUAAUACAAAACUCAGCAGUCUGGGCAAUUCUGAAUGAGAUUCACAUUAAAAAAGUCACAACCUGAUCAAAAUCUGUUUGGAAGAAAAGAGAGAAUCUUUGCAAACUUUUCCUAUAAUAUCCUACAUCUUUAACAAGUCACAAAUUGAAAAUACUGAGCAUGCACCUUAUUCCAAUUGUCUUUUAUUUUUCACUCGAACUCUACCUCUUGUGAAAUCUACUGUAGAUGAGAAGAUUGUAAGUAACCCUUCUUGUCAUAUCCAUCCAGAAACUGAUUCUCCACACUGAUAACAUUCAUCUGAGAUCCAAGUUGUCCUCCAUUUUUACAUGACUUUACCAUCUUAUGGUUGCAGAAACCUGCUACUCUUAACCCAUACUAUUUUGAUAGUAUAGUAAUACGGAGAAGUUGUACAUAUUCUUACAUUUCUUGGAGAUGAAAAAAUAUAAUUAAAUUUUAUGAAGGGGGUA